CUCGGCAACAACAACAAAAAGCUGCCGAAUUCAAAUGCCGCGAGCAUGUACUAACAUCACGGCGACCAUGGCGCUCCUGUUGCCAUACUGGUAACUCUUUCCUCGGGCUAUUGUCAGGUAGAUUACACACAAAGAUCUCCCGCCUCACUGUCCGCCUCGAAUGUCGGCUGCGAUCUCGUCGCUUUUGCAGGUUCCUUUCUCGCGUUGAUCUGGAUGCUUGGCCUGUCGAUCCUUGUUAAAUCGUGCUCCCUUGGCUUCGCCGCGGGAACACGAUUGAACUCGGAUCUUCAGUUUCCCGAAAGAUUUUUCUACAAUAGCUACUACCUGGUAGCUAGUCUAGAGAAGUCGGAUUUUCUCAAAACAAACUUAUUGGAUAGGCAAAAGCUACCACUGUAAAACACAGCAUAAUGCAACCAUCGUUGACUGCACGAACGAAGCUUCUUGGUAUUGGCUGGGAGCCUUGGGGCUCAUAAAAGGUGAGGGCAUAACCAGCCAUAAGGGGGCUCAACAUCGCAAGGUUCAAACAUUAUGACAGUCCCAACAUUGCCGGAGGCUGCAGAGAGAAGCUCAGCUCGCUGUCUGACUUGUCACAGUCGGACUCGUCAUCGAGGAAAGGGUCGCUGCUCAAGCUGGGAAAGAGAGGACAGCUGUCCAACCGGGCUCUGUGGGUGAUAUGUGAAUCGUUGGCGGGAGGUGUAGAAUGAACCCGCGGCCUCAAUUGGACGGAUACACGACAGGGAGAAGAAUCAUCUGAUAGAUCCGACGUAGAAGGGAAAAUUGGGACACGCAGACUAGAUUGAGCGAUCGAAGAAUCGUAUGGCUCUGUGCUGAAGAAGGCGCAUGGCUCCGCUUUUCGAGGUGGGGGUGGAGGGAGGAUCGUUGCUCCUACUAGGCAUCGCGACGGCCUUUGAGGAGUCUGAAAGACGCUCGUUUCCCUUGUUGUUCUUGGCAUUUUUCUCGCAGGUCAACACAAAAUAAUAUGAGCUUUCAGGUUGCCCUCAUUCCAGAAGACUUCGAACCAACUUCGAGGUGGGUUCUUGAAGCUGUUCUUGAUUAAUCCCACAAAAUGGACGUAUUUGAUCACGGGAGGGGAGAGGCUGGCGUUCCCAAGAUUGCCAGGAUCGGCAGUUUCAUCGACGGUGCUCGGUGUUGAAGGGGUACCGGUACCAGGUGGUACCAGUACGUACGGGUACCGGCACCGGUGCUUCUUUGUAACAGCACCAAACCGAUGGUUCUGUGGUACUGGUACCGGUGCCUGGUACCGGUAAAAGUGCUCUUGGUACACCGCACUCUCAAGUUGCGGCCCUCUCACUCUUGUGGAUCAUACUGUAGCACUUCAACACUGAUUGCUUCAUACAGACUGCGGCUGCUGGUCCAGCAAAGAUCAUGGAACGCCAACUUUGGAGCUGGCUGGACGGUCGGUAUCCAGCUAGCUAGCUAGCUACUAGUACAUGUACCGGUAUUGCACUUGGCGGGCUCUGAAUAAUUCAAUGACAUCUAUCUUGGAACGGAGCAGAACCGGUACUCAUACGGUUACUUUGUACCAGUAACAUUGGAGUGGUACAAAUAGAUCAUACUCGAGUACGAUUUUAGCUACCAGUAGUAGAGCUGGUGCGAGCAAAGAGUGACUGGAACUACUAGUAGUGAUUUUUCUGUUCACUCGUCACAACCUGCUAAAACGACGGCUAGGCUCUGGACAAAAAGAUCCCACCACCUGUACAGCACCUGUUGGUAGCGCGCACCAUGAUAGUUGCCAAUCCCCAUUCCUUUGCUGCGCCGUCAAGGAUGUCUCCUCGCGCUUCAAGGAUCGUUUUGCAUUAAAUUUUCUAGUAAUGGUGCCUUGAUUGCUUCGUUGUCGAUUGAAUCUUCAACACUCAAACUCGCAAAAACCAAAACAUUCGUAGCUCUGCUCAUAUCUCGCUUCGAACCAUGAUGUACAUCGUGGUGACGACGGGCUCUCCCUAAUUUGCUGGAGGCGGCUCUCAUGCAUGGCUGGCCCCAAAUUCUUUCACGAGCAUGCAGCAGGCCAGCUCAUGCAUGCAGCCAAGUGAAUCCAUGUGAGCAGGUGACUCGUCACUCCCACGUGGCUCCCACGCGAGUGCUCAGUUGCGAAAAAUUUCCACGCUACUGUCAUUCAAGAGCAGUAUUUCCACGGUUGCUCCGACCGAACACUGAUGCACAUCGCCCGAAAUAGGAGAGCCAAGCAACGAUGUCGGAAGACCAUGACCUUUGUACCAUUUCUCUUGAGCGUUUCUCACCUGACCUAGAAAGCCCCUUGUGUCCUGUUGUCGGGGAAUGUGGUCACUCAUUGUCAAGGGAAGGGAUCCAGUUCUGGUUCUCGGGUAGGCAGACCGACGAAUACCACAAGAGGAAAAAAUGCAUCCCCUGCGUUUUCAAGUGUACCAAAAAAUGGGUCAGCAGGAAGGGCAAGAAGAUGGAGGAACAAAUAAAGGCCUUCCGACCUGAGAAUCUUGUUCCCAAUGUCGUUCUCUGUGAGGCCCUGAAAGCUAUUCAAAAACGAAAGGCCGGCGAGCCAUUGGGGUUAGUGGAAUUUGACAGAUGCCCAAGCUGCAAGAUGGAGUUUUCCACGGCGCCGCCAUCAGGUGGACUGCAGCAUGAUCCAAAAGCCCCUAUUGCUGGUGUAUGUGGCGAUACAAUCUGUGCUUCCUGUAUCUAUGACCAGCACCAGACUGCAAUGCAAAACUCCUACUGCGACAAUCUGAAAUAUAUCAAGUGCCCUCUCUGCAGCACCAAAGGGGCGUUCCAUGCGGACCACCUAGCCGAGAACAGGAGCCUCAUCAGCUCGUUGCGUUAUUGGAAGGAACUUCCAAUUGACGAUCGCAAUGACUAUAAGCCGUCCUACGAAAAGAAAUCCCAGGAGCAACAUGCACUAUCUUUGCAGCUUUUGCACAGCCAGCCCCCGGAGCACUUCAACGAAUUGUGCGAGCAGAAACUUAAGGAUCUGAUUACCUUGGAGGGAAAAGCUUCCCAGUACAGCGCCCUUACUCCAACUCAGGAGAAUUCAGAGGGGGCAUUGCGGAAACACGAGAGAAAUGACGAUGUGCCGAGUCAGCCAAAACAACUGAAGCGUCCAAAGCCAUUAAAUCCUCCAAGACAACACGAGCGGGCACUAGAAUUAACCCGGGAAACCUUGCAAAUGCCCAGUGCAUAUUAUGCCAUUCUUCCCGCUGCUGUGCCUCGUGCCAAUGUAGGUGGCACAGGUACUGGUUCAGGAGCCAGCAAUUGUGGAACAAAGAAGGUUCAAGUGGAAGAUGCAUUGCUGUAUUUGGACAAUGUGAGGAGAACUUUUCAUAGCCGCCCUGAAGUUUACAAUGAUUUCCUGUCCAUCAUGAAGAACUUCAAUCGUCAAAUUGUGGACACUCCUGGAGUGAUUGAUCAGGUGAUCAGACUUUUUCAUGGAAACAACAAUCUCAUUCUAGGAUUCAACAAGUUCGUGCCAGAUGGACAUGAGAUCAGUGUUGAGGAUCUUAAUACAAGUCCAGGAGCUGCAAAGACUCAAGCAGUAGGACAUCGGGUUGCUCGGAAUUUUGAUGAUGCCUUAUCCUAUACCACAACAAUCAAGACGAGGUUUGCCAACAAUCCCAAAACAUUCCAUUCAUUCCUGAAAAUCCUUGGCGCAUACCAAAAGCAACAACAUGGAAUCAAGCAAGUCAUGGAAGAAGUGAUUGCUCUGUUUUCAGAUCACCCUGAUCUUAUCAAGGAGUUUGCAUUUUUUCUCCCAGCCACUGUUCAUGAGCAAGCAAAGGAAAGGCUCUACCAUGCUGCUGCAGAAUCUGAGACUCGACUGGGUGCUGAGCAAGCCAAUAAGGAAUGGGGACGAGCUGCUCGAAAGGAUACCCUUAUCAAACAGGGGGCCACUGAACAAGGUGACAACAACAUCAAUCAGGGCAAAACUUCUGGCAGUGAAAUUGAAUGUUCUGCUGCGGUCACCAGGCGAGCAAGGCUGACAACUGAAGCAGCUGUGGCCGAGGAAUCGGAUAGCAGCAGCGAGGAGGAGGUUGUUUUUGUUGAGGUCAGAACUCCAGAGGUUGUUUUUCUUGGGGUAAAGCCUGCAAAGACUACCAGAACUGCUGUCGAGGCACGGUGGGGAUAUGAUGCUAUACCGUACCCAUAAACUGGGGAGGAUGUGCUUAAGCGUUUGCGAUGUCCAGAGCAAGUGCAUUCGACUUCAUUGACCCAGCCGGGAGCUAUUGUAACUAACUCAGCAGUAAGCCUUGCAAGUUGCUUCGAGUUACCCUUAUAUCUAAAGGAAUCAAUGGGCAAAGUUAGCAAUCAAACUACUAUAGCCAACAAGAGGAAAUAGUAUGUAGACCUAAUGGGCGGUGCCCUCUUGUUGCCACCGAAUGCUCUCGCUAUUACCUCUGCAUGUCACAUCUUGCUUUUCCAAAAGACCACCAAACCAACAACAUAGCCAAUGGGAGAGAUGGCUUCUUCACUAACUAAGAAG